GCAUUUAGUUUAAAGAUGUAUUUAAUUACCAAAUGUAAUCAGUUUUUUUUUAUAUUUUGUAAUGCUAACAAUCAAUUGUGUUUUUUUGCACCUGUCACAUUUGACUCAUUGUGGCCUUGAUUUUCGGUGCAAUAUAAAAGUCUUGUAGCUCUAUGGAAACGGCACAAUCGCAGCUAGAAGAAUGGAGAACUCAAAUGUCUUUUGUGCAGUAUAACAGUUAUAAUACUAGACAUCUAUUUUAUUUUAUUUUUUUUUUAAAGCACAAGUUGAAUUUCUUUGAUAAUUUACUUAAAAAAAACAAUGGAGUCUAUACGCCCAACAUUUUUACAACUGCCCACAAGUGUUGCACAGAAUCUCUAGAAAUUAAGAAAUGCUGUUUGCUUUUAAUUCAAAAACAAUUACUUAGACUUCGUCUCCAUACAUUUAUAUUAAAUCUUUCCAACGGUGUUUAUUACUGUUCUGGACAGUCACAUUCUAAGCCAUGGCGAACAGCAUGCAAUCAUAUAUAUCUCCCACAUCUGGCAAUAACAGCUCAACAUUUUUGGACAACCUCUGCUCAAAGGCUCUUCUAACAUUAAAGAACUUGAAAAAAACAACACCACCACUGCACGGGGACCUCCGCGUGGUUAGGGGAACCAUUGCAGUCGCUUGUGUCUGUAGGGAGAAAUAGCCCUGGUCUGGUUAGGCUUACAUGGCUGAUUGUUAAAUGUUUUCAAAGCUCCCACUUUUCCUCAACGCAGCACUGGUGACGUAUUUCAUAGGGACGUGGUUUGCUAGUCACAGCACCACAGUCUUGCCUCCUGCUGCUGCCAAAUUUAGCUGUCAUCCGAGUCGAUGUUAAAGAUGGCAGGAAACAAGUCUUACACUAUAGUUGAAUAUUUUGGUGGGGAUAGCGGUUACCGAUGUGGUUACUGUAAAAAUGAUGAAGGCAACUUUUCUCACGGGAUGUGGUCUCACACCAUGACUGUACAAGACUACCAAGACCUCAUAGACAGAGGGUGGAGAAGAAGUGGGAAAUACGUCUAUAAGCCCAAACUGAACAAGACAUGCUGUCCACAGUAUACCAUCAGAUGUCAUGCACCGAAAUUCCAGCCUUCCAAGUCCCACAAGAAAGUCCUGAAAAAGAUUAGCAAAUUCAUUUCCAACGGGGAACUACCGAAAGAACAGGAUGACGGUGAGCCAAUGGACUCCGUGUGUGACGAAGCACGUCCACGGGAGCCGAGUAGCAUCUGCCCCUCCGAAGUGAAGCGUGCCGCAAUCACCGACAUUCAGAAGGAGCUACCGGAGUGUCCCGCCAUCACGGAAGUUCAGAAGGAGGUAGCGGACGGCGCUCCUGCCGACUCGGAGACGUCAAGAAAGGAUCCGGAGUCCGUCGCGGAUGAGAGAACGACAGCCGCAGCUCCUAAACCAGGGAUGGGUGCUGAUCCCGGUCGGCCGCCAUGUCGGAAGGCCAGAGACUUAAGAAAGGAGCGACGUCUUCAGAAAGAGCAGAUUAGACAACACGCUGAUGGGGGCUCUUCCAUUGUCUCUCCUACUCCACCCACUCCGGCACUGACCAAGCAACCCAAACCCCUGGAAGAUUUCAUCAGUGAGUCAUUGCCUGACAACUCUUCUCAUUGCCUUGAGGUGAGGCUAGUGCGCUCCAGUCCCCCUAGCCCGCAGUUCAAAGCCUCUUUCGACGGCUCCUACCAGGUGUACAAACUCUACCAGAUGGCCAUUCACAAGGACCCUCCUGACAAACCCUCCGAGAGCCAGGUGAGGCUAGUGCCGGUCAACUUUGAGGACCCUCAAUUCACAGCGUCCUAUCAGCAGUCGGUGGCGCUGUACGCCCGCUACCAGAUGGCCAUUCACGGUGAUGACCCCAGCGAUUGUAGUGAGAGCGAGUUCCGGAGAUUUCUCUGUGAUUCACCACUAGAGGCGGAACAUUCCCCCGACGGGCCCGAGGUGGGCUACGGCUCCUUCCACCAGCAGUACUGGCUGGACGGGCGCAUUGUGGCGGUGGGGGUGAUCGAUAUCCUGCCUACAUGCGUGUCCUCCGUCUACCUUUACUACCACCCAGACUUUGCCUCGCUGUCUCUGGGCUCCUACUCUGCCCUCAGGGAGAUCGCUUUCACCAGGCAGCUGCAGAAACAGUCCCCCAAGCUGUCCUACUACUACCUGGGCUUUUACAUCCACUCCUGUCCCAAGAUGCGGUAUAAGGGGCAGUACCGGCCUUCAGACCUCCUGUGCCCAGAAACCUUUGCCUGGGUACCAAUAGAGCAAUGCGUACUCCAGUUGGAGAACUCCAGCUAUGCUCGAUUCAACCAGGAUCCUGAUGCAGGAGAUGCUCGGGUGCUGAAGGACGUGGGCAGAGCUCUGGUGCUAUACAGGCGGGCCGUGAUGCCCUACGCAGCCUACUCCCGCAAGCGCAAAGGCUCCAGCGACGAGCUGGAGGUGCAGCAGUACGCCGACUUGGUUGGCCAGGACUGUGCUGAGAAGAUCCUGCUCUACCGCGCCUAAACACACAGCGUCGCACCACUGCACCUUUUUAAUAUGUACCUGAAUACACGGCCCCACAGCAACGUCUGUCUGUUCAUGUAGACGUCUGUGCGUCUCCUCAGUGUCUGUGAAAGUGCUUUCUGCUGCCGCUCCCAGUAGUCUCACCGCGCUUAGCUCUGCAAAAGCUGGAAGAAACGCAGUAGCCUCUCACUAUCUAUGUAUGUAUCCAUUCACCCGUUGGCCUCAUUCAUCACUUAUGUCUCAUUCACAUUUAUUUACGCUUUAUUCGUCAAUUAUUCCUGCAGCGUCCAUUCUCAAAUUAUGUUUAGAUGUAAGCAUGUUGUCCUUUUGAAUGUUCAGUGAUUUUGGUUGUCCGUUGCUUCCAUGAUAUCUCUAAACUUCACUACACCACAACAUGAUUUUUUUUUUAAUCUCCAUACUUAUACACCACAACAUGAUUUUUUUAUUUAUUUUUUCAAUCACUGGGUUUAUUGAUAGCAGUAAACUCACUGUUUUUAAUGCUUUUGUCUGUAAUAUUUAUAGCUUGAUUUGCUUUUCUUUUAAUAUUGACACUGUUAUUUUCAGUUAAGCCAAAUAAAUGGGUUGUAUAUUCCUUA